AUGGCAAGCAACGGCGACUUCUCAGAUGCCGACGAUUCAGACGGUUCUCGAAUCUCCAAAAAAAUCUCCAUGAAGGCUCAGCCUGUCCAAGGUGACGUUCCGAUGGCCAAGAGAGGGGAUCCGAUGAAGCCAACCACUGGGCCUCCAUGUGAUGAGUGGCCAAAAAUUAUCCACCGGGACAAUCAAGAAUACUUCGCUCGGGCGUCGGAGUUCUGGAGUGAACAAGGCCGAAACCUUCGCGCAUUCCACCAGAAAGCCUUCCUCGAUGGCCUCAAAAGUCUUUACCAACGGCCAUCGUUCUUGCACGAUUGCAAUCGACACCCUCUGGCAAGAGAGUAUCAGAGAACAGAUUCGUUCGUCUACAUCGUACUCUUCAUGUUUGUAUUCCCUGGGCAAUCCAUGAAGAACAAGAAGCCCGUUUCUGAUGCACUCAAACACUACCCCGGCUGGCACCCGGACGUCAGCGACUACGCUACCAUGGUUCCAUCGGCAAAGCAUCAGAAGAGCUCUGAAAACCACCAGCAAACUGGAUCUGCGAAAUUGACAUCAAAGGGCAUCGAGGAAUUGGUCGAUCAAGCAUGUGGUGAGUGGCUGGACAGAAAGGGCCACGGUUCCAUCAACGCACCCAAAGGCUUCAAAUGCGUCCCUCUUGCCUACGAAGAGCAAUGCCCCACGAACAAAGAGGUUCAGCGAUUGAUCGAACGGCAAGUGGACAAGGUUCUAGAUCGGAAGAUGGAUGAACGCAUGGAGAAGUUCUUCAAAGAGCAUACCGAUGUAUUCGUAUCCGGUUCUCGAGUGAAGGAUUUCGGUAACCAACUCGGCGUUCUGACUGAAAACUUCAAGCGGCUGAGACUUAGCCACCUGUCUAAGUUCACGAAGAUCACCCAUGAGAGACUUCCCGCAUCGCUUGAACCAGGAGCCACUCAACCUGCUGGCGGACCUGCUCCUAAAACUACCUACGAAUCAACCGACACCGGAAAGGGAAAGGGAAAGCGCCCGUUGAAUGCGGAAUCGACAGCUGAUCCCUCGAAGAAGACGCGCUUCAAAUGA